CAGACAUGCUGUUAUAUCAUGACUCAUUGGCUCAGACAGAGGGGAAGAUAUAUGGCUUGUAUGUACAGAGUGCUGAUGAGAAACUUAAAAGUCUAGGCUCUAAACAUCACCAUGGUAACAAGACAUCAGGACAGCAGAUAAGGGGAUCAAAAUCUAGCCUAGCAUCAAAUACAGAGUCUAUAAACCAACAACAAACUCAGACAAACAAAACACAGCCACCGCCAACACCAACACCCUCCAUAGAAUCUUCUCAACUAGAAACUGUAGCAGAUAUCCACCGUUCGGAGCCAUCUUUAAAUGAGUCUGUAAAUAUUACAGGAACAGACACUCCUGAUGAUGUCAACAUGGCCGACAGACGACCUCAGAGGGCAGGUCGUAACGAUAAUAAAAACCAGGUGACACAGGACGCUAAGAGGCGGUCCAGAAGUGAGGGUAGAUCAAAGGGACGCAACUCUAGCAAUAAAAAAGAUGGAAACAGUACAAAGGGAAGGAGUGGAAGUUAUAGCAAGGAACCAGUUGAUCAGCAGAGCAGACAUUCAUUGUACAUGUACAAUGAGCCUCAAUCUGAUGAAGGGGGUUUCCCAGACAUUAAAACCAGUUCAAGCGAUUCGGAAGAAACACUUCAGAAAAAAUGGAUAAGAAAUCCUAAUAUGGUUAAACAGGCUGGCAAAAAGGAAAAAAGAAAAUCACUAGGAAAUAAUUUAGAAAAUGGGUAUCAUGGAAGACCAAAUUACCUUGACCUUCAGGGAAAUAAGGAAAAUGUUGAUCGGGGCUCGCAAAAGGAUAAAUUUAAAAGAUUGGAAGAAAUGAGGAAUAAACGGGUUGACCUUAUGGUGACCUCAGAUGAAGAACUAAAUUCCCCAGAAUUCAGGAUUUCCAGAUUACGUCAGCGAGCUUUACAAGGAGCUAAAUUAUCAUCAAAACUGCCCGAGAGACUGGAUGAAUUUGAUUUACAAAAAAUACAUUUGGAAAGGCUUGCAGCCGACAUUCAUCAAAACAAAGAAAAUGAAUCUUCAUCCACGUCUGAACAAAUUACAUUAAGACCUAUUGGUCCAGGUCAGGGCAGUUUUUCAUCACAGUACAUACAAGGCAAUGUAAAUAAACAUCCAGCUGACACUAGAUUCACUCAGGAUCACCAUAGUAACCAAAAUAUCAACAUUCAGACUUCAAAUAAAGUGGGUCAAGGACAAGGACCAUAUCGGAAAAUACCGAAACAGGAAACAAAUUUUUCUAAUUAUAAUCCGCAACCGACCGAUGUAAAUUACUACCAAGGAAAGCCGCAGCCAAUGACUUAUUAUCAAGGGAAACCAAACCAAGGACCUAAUGGUGAAUUCACAUGGAAUUUCCAAAAUAAUAAUUUACAACAAAGUGGUUACUAUGGAAACCAGGAUAAUAAUAGUAAUGUGAAAUCUAAUUUUAAUGAUUCUAAGCCAUAUCAAGAAAUUCCUGUAAAAAAGUUGAUUGAGAAAGGGAGAACUAAACGUAAAUCUCACAGUGACGAUUCACUGGAUGAGUUGAUUGAGUCAAACAUUCAGUAUCUGGAAAGUGAAAUGGAGAGUGGGAAAUUAAAGAAAAUUUCUGCCAGUCAACCAAGAAUGUUUCCAACACAACAAAGUGAUAUUUAUAACAAGGUCGAAAAGCGAAGGUCAACCUCUUUAGACAGUACAAAGGCCCCACGAGAAAGUGCUUUUCAAAAUGAAGUCAAAUUACGACUACAAAUACCUUCAUCUAAAGAACAGCAGUCUGAUACUCAUAGCAUACAGUCCAGUCAGUAUGACAGGUUAUCUUAUAGUACGUCAGAGUCAAGUACACCGCCGUCUGCUUACACCUUACCGCCAAGUCAGGAAUAUAUAUUUCAAAAUAGUGUACCGAAAGUCGAAAGGAAAUUCCAAUCUGCUUCUCAUAGUCCUUAUCUUCCAAGAAGAUCAACAGCCGAACUUUCAAAUGAUAUGUCGAAAUCUGAUAGUCAGUUAAAUUGGGGAGAAUCUGGGAUGAAUUAUGCAAAUACAUUCAGAACACCCAACUAUUUCCCUGAACAGAACCCAAAUUAUUAUCAAUCACAAAAGUUUCCGCACUCAAAUCAAAUUCCUAAUAUAAUGAGCCUCUCAGCGUCAGCUGUGGAGGGGGGAAUGUUCUCAGAUGUGGACUACGAUAUUGAAGUGACAGAUCGAAUUAAAAAGUGGGAAAAAUUUAUGAAAAAGAAAAGUACUCCUCCGACAUCGACUGAAUCUAAAUCACCUGUUCCCUUGACAACCAUUAUGGAAUCAGAAGGAGGAAUUCCUGAUUCUUGGAAACCGCAAGCGCCCCCUAGUGUUGUAUCUUCAAUAUCUGUUACAGUAACAAAAUCUGUGGCUCAUCAACCACAGCCACAGAGACAGACAGCCACAGCCCCCGUACAAAUGGAACCUAAAGUACAGUCGGCAGAAACUAAUGCUCAUCGUUUGUUUAGGGUUGUCCAACAACCAAAAAUAGAACAAGAAAAUAUGAGGACAACUUAUGAACCUGUAAAUAUUCAAAAAAGAGCAAAAGUGAUCCGAAGGUCAAGUUCAAAAGAGUCAGAUGGAGACAAAGGUCAAGGUGAUGUCAUUGAAGAGAAUACAACAAAAGUUUGGCCACCUACUCCAAAGAAUAUGGAGGUGGAAGAAGUGAAACAAUCUCGUUUGUCUAGGUUCGAGGAGGAGUUGUCAGAAUUACAGGAAAUUAAAAGUGAAUCAGUGAGGGAUCUCCGUAGAAAGUUUAAUUCUGACGCUAGUGGUAACGAGAGUACUGACGUUACAGAGAAUACAACUCCACUCAUAUCUACACCGUUACGACAAAGAAGACAGUAUAAAUUCAUGGGAAAUACUGCUUCAAAUAUAGACAUUCAAAAUCCUGUACAUGUCGAAAAAGUAUCCUCUAUAAAAAUACAGAAAUCUCAAUCAUUACCGAGGACAAAUAUUCACAGUUCAUCACAAACUGGUACAAACUCUGAGGUCUGGUCUCCUAAGCUCGAGAGUGGACAGGGACCAGUCAGUAUAGAACGUGUUAAAGCUAGAACCUUACAAACUAUACCGUUCCAUGAAGAUCCGUUCUGGAAACAGAUAGAGCAAAUGACAAGCUUUGAUGAUCUGAUCGCUGCUCAGAAUGUAGAUGGUACAGAAACAUUUGUUGUAAGGAAUAGUCAAGCUUUCCAGUUUCCUGUACAAGAGUUGUCUCAAUUUGACAGAUCACAAGAGUUCUCUCCCCCUGACAGAUCACAAGAGUUGUCUCCACCUGUUAGUCAAAUCCGAUCAUGCACAUCUUAUGCUCCAACAAUUGUAACUUCUACUCGACCUGUUCAAACAUCAUCUACAACCUUUCAACCGAAACCGAAAGUCUUUCAUACUCCAACGAUUCAGCCACUCAAAUUAGCUGUGGCUGCUAAAAGUAGUAUUGAGGCUCUAGACGAGGUACUGGAUGAUAUACGAUCUUCUUUACAGAAGAAAACACCAGCACCACAGAGAAAUCAGGCUGUAGAUAGCUCAGCUUCUUCAUCCUCUAUCCAAUCGCCAAAUGUGCCAAAAAAUAUUGUUAGAAAUAUUCCAAUUGAAAAAAUGAAGCAAAAUAAUAUUCAAACAAAUACUGGUAAGAAUGUCAGUCAGAAAUAUUUUGAUCAACAGAGAAAUUUAAUGGCAGCUCAGCAACAAAAGCAGACGAACAAUCCUCAACAAAAUGUUCAGUGGAUUUACCCAACUUAUCAACAAGUGGCUCAUUCUCAAAUGAAAACUCAGCCUCAUACAGGUCAACAAGGGAUAAAUCAAAUGCACCAUAAUUCUCAAAUACCAAACCAGGUGCACCCUAAUUCCCAGAUACCUAAUCAGGUGCACCCAAGUUUGCAGAUACAAAGUCAGGUGCACCAAACUUCACAGGUACCAAAUCAGAUGCACAGAAGUUCACAGAUUCCAAAUCAGGUGCAUCAGAUACCAUUUACUCAGAAUCCAUCACAUCCAAAUUGGAAAGGGCAAAAUGUAUAUCAGACAUCAAAUCAACAGAAUCCAAAUAUUAACCAAUCAAAUCAAUUUAAUCAAAAUAUUAACCAAUCAAAUCAAAAUAUGACGUUCUAUCAAAAUAAUCAACAAAUUCCAAUUAAUCCAGAUAUAACACAAUUUCCUUAUAUAAUUAAUGGAAAUUAUCAGCUAGAUCCAUCAGUAUUGAGUGAGAGGCUAAUGAACACAGGGUUGGCAUUCGACCAACAAUCAGAAACUGAUGAUACUCUAAGUCAGAAAUCUGUUGCGUCAAGUUUUGCUGAAACUGAAAAACAAUUCAACCAAUCAAUAGAAGAUUUACAAAACUUGGCGCGGGAUGUGGAAGAUAAGUUGUCACAGAUUAAAUGUAAAAUUGUGGAUGCGGACGAAAAUAGAUUGGAUUCCAUUUUAUCUGCACUCAGGAAAUUUGCGCCAACAGAACCUGUAAAAACUCCCCCUAAUAUCCAUACUAAAGAAGAACAAGACCGACAAAGGGCCAAGUUAAAUGAGGCGUUGACAGAACUUGAUAGGAUAUAUUAUGGUCUACAUCUGGACGAUCCUAAACUAUCGGAACCGACAAUGGACUCUAUGAGUCACAGUCAGACUUUACCUUCCCAUAGACAACAUAUACCCCCUGCACAGAUACGUAGGAAUAAAUCAGAUUCGGGAUUUGGACAUUUUCAAGAAGACUCUGCAGCACAAAUUGAUCAUCAAACGCAGAGAGAAUUUGAUGACAUCACAAAGUCAUUUCAGACAUUGUUAGACGAAGUUUCGAAAGAUGAGACGCCAUCUAAACCUUCCCAGCAUGCUGCAGAGAUUGAAACCACAAUUGAGUCCUUUCUUGAUGAAUUUCGUAAAAAUUCUGAUAACACGGCUGAUAAAAACAUCAGUCAAAAGUUUGAGAGUAAAUUGAAGGAUGCUAAAAAGGCUACAAAGCCAAACACAUGUCGUGAUGUUCAAAAGUCUGAAGUGUUUACUGUAAGUUCAGGCUCUUUUUCGGCGUUAGUUGGUGUCAAAAAUAAAAAGAAUGAAAACAACCAACAAAAAACAAACUUUAGAAAUACACAAACAAACACUGUUUCAAAUUAUCGUGGGCCUGUCACAGUAAAAUCUAAGACUGCUACAGAUUUUGCUCAGAAAUCAAAACCUGCUUCUGGAUUUAAGCAGAAAUUGAAAACAAAAUCAAAUUCUGAGCCAAAAGUUGUUAGUAGUACAGCAAAUAUUAAGUUAGUAAGUCCACAAAGGGAGAUAAAAGUUAUUAAGACAAGUGGCAGUGAGUCAGAGGAUGUGUCUGAUAGUCAUAUUGUACGUAAAGCUAAACGUAAUGUCAAUCUCGCACACAGGAAGUCGAUGCCAGCGUGUAUGAUCCAACGUACAGUAGAAACACAAACACUUGAACCUUCGUCACCUCCUGUGGCAGUCCUUCGUAAAAACUUUCAGUCAAAAGAUCGACAAUCGAGAGAAGGUUCUGAAUCAAGUGAGAGCUCUGCAGAGUCGAGAAGAGCUCGUAGAAAGACAAUAACAAAAGGAAUUGCUCUACUCAUGGAGUUCUUCAGUUCUAGUGAAGAUGAACGAAGAGAAAAGUCUAAAUUGGAUCACUCAACUAGUGCUCCUGACUUACGUUACGUUGGUUGUGAAAAAAUGACAAAAUCUACAAGUGACAAUGAUAAAUUUAAAAGUAAAGGUAAACAUAGUAAGCAAAAACAUGGAACAAAAACAAAAAAUAGGUCGUCGUAUAUAAAGUUUGAUAAUGUUGAUGAUAAAAUUGAUGACUUUUAUGUAACUUCAACAACAUCUGAUGAUAAUGUGCAAUCAACACAUGGAUCAAAACCUCCAAAGCAUCCGAAACGUAAACAGUCCGCCACAAGUCCGGACAAAGUUGAGGAAGAUAAAAUAGUUAAAAAUGCAGAGGAAGAAAACUCGUCAAAUGUAGAACGUUUUAAUCAAACGGAUUGUGUCAUUCGGAGAAAAAAACGUGAAGACAGUGAGGAACAAGAAAGACCUCACAGUUUUCAUGAACUACUCGCAGCAUUUGAAACAAAUCCUUUAAAAAUGAAGAAAUUAAGGAAAUGUUCCUCUGCAGAAGCCAUGCUGCAAGAUACUACGCCCAUUAAUAAAAUAUUUUCAUCUGAUCCAGAUUUAAGAAAGGACUCUGAAUUCAAUAGUGGUGAAUCUGCUGGUGUGAAAAUGGAACAGGAAGUAAAGGAUACUGCUGUAUGAUAAUUAAAGCAUUCUGGGUAAUAUAUUUGAAAUCAUGCAAAACAGUGCUGUGAUUGGUUAAAAGCGUUUUUAAAAAUUGAUAUUUGUUUUUAGCUUUUUUUGUAAUAGUUUACUCACCUUAAAAAUAUCUAUAAUUCUUUAGAUUUGUAUAUGGUUAAUAAUUCUGUUAUCAGGCUUUAAUUGAAAAAUUGUGUUUCCCCUCCCCAACCUCUUUUACUUUGAAGUUGACCAGGCAAACAGGAAAUACUUUUUUUUUCUUUACAAAAUAUAUUGCAAUAGGGGAGGUAACUUUGAAAAUCUUAAUUUUAUCCUCCAUCCCAGUAAUUCAGUACAACUUUUUUUUUAAACCAAGCCAUGUGGAGGGGAAGCAAUCUAAAUUUAUAUUUUAGCCUCGUGUGCUCAAACAGUAUACCUUAGUAGAGGUGUUUGUAAGGUUAAGGGAUUGAGGUUAAAAAAUAAGAUUUUCAAAGUUAUCUCCCUUAUUGCAAUACAUUUUAUGGACUUUGAAAACCGGUUGAGAUUGAUUCAUAAUAAGAAUUGAUUUAAAAUAACAAGAAAUUGAAAGAAAAAAAAAUGAUUGUUUCAAAGUAUAUCAAAAUCUCCAAAUUGAGUCACUAACUUUUUUUCUUAAUUUCCAUCUUUGAUUAAUAUCAAGUGUUUCUGAUUUGUAAAAAUUGACUGAUGUUAUUUUUAUUUAUGUAAACCACAAAACACAAACUUCUAACAGUUUUGAGGUUUGCUAUCUUUUAAGAUGCCUAUCCUUUAUCAAAUUUUGGAAUUACUAUAAAGACCUCUGAAAAGGAAUUUCAAAAAUCAUGCUAAAAGAAUGAAUCAGCCACUUUUUUUUUUAAUUUCUAUCUUUGAUAUCAUUGCAUAAUUUUGUUUAUCAGAUCUGUAGAAAUAGACUGAUAUUAUAUUUAUUUUUAUUCUGUGAUUAAUAUUCUAAGGUGAUAUAUUGGUGCUAUCAUAUUCUGU